CAUCUGUCAUGGAAAAGCGCGAGACGUUUGUCCAAGCGGUUUCUAAGGACCUGGUCGAAGAGUUUCUGCAGUUUAUUCAACUUGACAAAGAUUCUUCGGACCCUUUCAGCCUAGUCGAGUUACUAGAUGAGCUAUCCAGGAAGCAGAAAGAAGAGUUGUGGCAAAGGCUGAAGGAUUUACUAACAGAGACGUUGCUAGAUAGCCCUGUGGACGGGUGGCACACAGUAGAAGACCAGGGCGAAGAUGGGAUGGAGUCAGAGCCCAGUCCAAAGAUGAAAAAGAGCAUAGAAAUAAUACAUGCAAUUACAUCUGUAAUCCUUGCUUCUGUAUCUGUAAUAAAUGAACAAGAGAACUAUGGGGCCCUCCUGGAGUGUGCUGUCAUACUAAACGGCAUUUUAUACGCGCUACCUGAAUCUGAACAAAAACUCCAGAACUCUAUUCAGGAUCUGUGUGUGAAAUGGUGGGAAAAGGGCCUGCCGGCCAAGGAGGACAUGGGAAAGACAGCGUUUGUCAUGCUGCUGAGGAGAAGUCUGGAGACCAAAAGGGGUGCAGAUAUGUGUAGGCUGUGGCACAUCCACCAGGCUUUAUACUGCUUUGUUUAUGACCUGGAGGAAAACAGAGAUAUUAAAGACAUGCUGCUUGAGUGCUUCAUAAAUGUUAAUUACAUCAAGAAGGAAGAGGGAAGAAGAUUUCUUAGUUUCCUCUUCAGUUGGAAUGUAGACUUUAUUAAAAUGAUCCACGAGACCAUUAAAAACCAGUUGCCUGGAUUACAGAAGUCAUUGAUGGUGCAUAUUGCAGAAAUUUAUUUCAGAGCUUGGAAAAAGGCUUCAGGGAAAACACUGGAGACCAUUGAAUAUGACUGCAUCCAGGACUUCAUGUUCCAUGGCAUCCACCUUCCAAGGAGUUCUCCCGUGCACUCCAAAGUACGAGAGGUGCUGAGCUACUUUCACGAACAGAAAGUCCGUCAGGGUGUGGAAGAGAUGCUGUGCAGGCUAUAUAAGCCCAUUCUGUGGAGAGGACUGAAGGCCAGAAAUUCUGAAGUUCGAUCGAACGCUGCAUUGCUGUUUGUGGAAGCAUUUCCUGUUAGAGACCCAAACUUCAUUGCCACUGAGAUGGACAGCGAAAUCCAGAAACAGUUUGAGGAACUAUACAGCCUUUUAGAAGAUCCUUACCCGAGGGUCCGUUCCACAGGCAUCCUUGGCGUUUGUAAAAUAAUGUGUAAAUACUGGGAAAUGAUGCCCCCAACCAUUAUCGUGGACCUCUUGAAGAAAGUCACAGGGGAGCUGGCAUUUGAUAUCAGCUCAGCUGACGUUCGCUGUUCUGUUUUUAAGUGCUUGCCAAUUAUUUUGGAUAACAAGCUGAGCCACCCCUUAUUAGAACAGCUUCUGCCACCGCUCAGGUAUAGUCUCCACGAUAAUUCAGAGAAAGUGAGGGUGGCUUUUGUGGAUUUGUUGCUGAAAAUCAAAGCUGUGAGAGCUGCAAAGUUUUGGAAAAUAUGCCCCAUGGAAGACAUUUUGGUUCGCCUGGAAAUAGAUUCUCGGCCUGUGUCUCGGCGCCUGGUGACCCUCAUCUUCAAUUCUUUCCUGCCUGUGAACCAGCCAGAGGAGGUGUGGUGUGAGCGCUGUGUCACGCUGAUCCAGAUGAACCGUGCAGCGGCCAGGAAGUUCUAUCAGUAUGCCCACGAACACACCGCCAGCACCAACAUAGCCAAGCUCAUCCACGUCAUCCGCCACUGCUUGAAUGCCUGUAUCCAGAGGACUCUGCAAGAGUGCCCGGGGGCCCAUAAGGAGUGUGAGAAGGAGAACACCAGUGUCCUAGACAAAACCUUGUCGGUGAAUGACACUGCGUCCAUGGCGGGUUUACUCGAAGUAAUUGUGAUUCUCUGGAAGACCAUCCAUCGAAGUCUGGAAAAUAAUAAAGAGGCCAAAGGUUAUACCAUUGACAAGUUUGCAUGUGUGCUUCCAGAGUACCUGAAGGUGUUCAAGGACGAGCGCUGCAAGAUCCCUUUGUUCAUGCUGAUGUCCUUCCUGCCAGCCUCUGCUGUCCCUGUGUUCAGCUGUGGCGUGAUCUCUGUCCUGAGAAGUCAGGAGGAGGGUGUCACAGGCAGGAGCUACUGUACCUUGCUGGAUUGUCUGUGUUCCUGGGGGCAAGUGGGGCAUGUCCUGGAGCUCAUCGUUGACUGGCUGCCUACAAGGCCACCUCAGGCCAAGAGUAAUUUGGCCUCUAAACGUAAAGCGCAAAUCAGUGACACAUGCCCAGUGAAACCCGAGUUAGCCCUGUUGUACAUGGAGUAUCUGCUGACCCAUCCAAAGAAUCGAGAGUGUCUGCUCUCUGCACCCCAGAAGAAACUGAACCAGCUUUUAAAAGACCUUGAGGGAUCCAAGGCAGAUCUGGAAUCAUGUCUUCAGUCUCCGAGUGGGAAUCCCCUCAACUUCAACAAAGCGGCUGCCCUGCAUGCCUUUGGUCUGUACUGCAGGCUGAGCGUCCAUCUUCAGUACAAGUUCUGCUCAGAAGAGAAAAUUCAUCUGUCCAUCUUGAGUGAAACUGGGUCUUGGUUGGAAAACAAAGUUUUACCUCUUCUUCAAGACCAAGAAGAGGAGUAUCUGAAGCUGCGGAGGGACGUCUAUCAGCAAGUUAUCCAGACUUACCUGGCUGUGGGUAAAGACGUUGUCAUGGUGGGCCUUGGAGACCCUGAGUUUCAGAUACAGCUUCUACAGCGGAGUCUUGGAAUAAUGAGAACAGUGAAGGGAUUUUUUUACAUUUCGUUACUUCUUGGAAUUCUGAAGGAGAUAACAGGAAACUCCAUAAUUCAAAAAACAGAUUCAGAUGAAAAAGUCACAGUGCUCUUUGACUUGGUCCAGGAAGUAUUCCAGAAGAUAUUGGAAUGUGUUGCCUGGACUUUCAGAAAGCAGCCAGAAGAAAGCCUGCAGCUCUUUCAUUCUGUCCAGAACCCCCUCCAUGAAUUUAUCAGCACCAUCCAGUUGUGGUACAAGGACACUGCAGUCCACCAUGGCGUCCUUUCUACCCUGAUCGCUGCGCCUGUGGUUGAGAUAAGUCACCAGCUGCGGAAGGUGUCUGAUAAAGAAGAGCUGGCCAUACCGCAGUGUCUCGCUGACCUUCCUCCAUUUUCAAGGUGUUUACUGGGAAUAAUAAUGAAGUCUUUGGAUGUGGUCAGGUCAUUUUUGGACGAGCUAAAGGUGUGUGUAACCUCCGGUGACAUUGAAGGCAUCGUGUGCCUCACAGCUGUUCUGCAUAUCAUUCUGGUUAUUAACAAAGUUAAACACAGAAGUGCAAAACUGAAGGAGGUUGCAGAGACUGUGAACAGAAGGCUGAAGACGUUCAUGGAGAUCACUCUGGAAGAGGAUAGCCUCGAAAGGUUCCUGUAUGAGUCAUCGACGCGAACUUUGGGAAGAUUUCUGAAUUUAUGACAAAACUCCCAUCCCUGGGUGUGUAGAAAUAGAGAGAAAGACUCACGAAGUGAAAUGUGUGUAUAUCUUUCUUGCCUUUUCUUCUUUUGUCAGACUAAGCCUGGAGGCCUGGGUCUGUAGCUACCCAAAGGUGAAGGCCAGUACAGCCCUGGCGCUCUGUGGUACACACUGUGCCUUUAAAUAGCCGGCGGAGGUGGAGAGUGGUAGAGAUGCUCGCACUCGGCCCCAGAAGCCCUGGCAAUGCGAAUGGGAACCGUGGCCUUAGCCAGCUCUUGACUUCGCUGGCAUAUGACUUACCCAUUAUUUAUUAUUUGUUAAUGAAAAUUUCCCUGGAACAGAUUCCUCCUUGGCCUUUUCAGCGGGGCAACCAUUAGCCCACACGGCACCUUUGUUCCUUCAAACGAUGGAAGGAAUCACUUUGCCAAGAUAUUUUUACUGCCAUCUGUUGUACAGUUGUAAUAAAUACCCAGAUAUACAGCACUGA